AUGUUUUGUGAGCAGAAACAUAUAUUCUCCUCCUCCUGCUCGUCUUCUUUGUGCGCUCCUUCUGCUGCUCCUCCCCUUGCUGCUCCUCCUCUUGCUCCUCCACUUCUUGCCGCUCCUCCCCUUGCUGCUCUUCCUGCUGCUCCUCCUCCUGCUGCUCCUUCUCCUGCUGCUCCUCUUCCUGCUGCUGCUCCUUCUGCUGCUCCUCCUCCCCUUACUGCUCCUCUUGCUGCACUUCCUCCUGCUGCUGCUCUAUUACUGCUCCUCCUGCUGCUCCUCUUCCUGCUGCUCCUCCCCCUUACUACUGCUCUUCUUGCUGCUCCUCUUCUUGCCUCUCCUCUUGCUGCUCCUCCAAGCAAGAGGGGGAGCAGCAAGAGGAGGAGAAGCAGGAGGGGCAGCAGGAGGAGGAGUAGGAAGGGGAGGAACAGGAGGAGGAGCAUCAAGGGUAGGAGCAGCAGGAAGAGGAACAGCAGGAAGAAGACAAGGUUCUUUAAUAUACUAAGGGUCAAGCAUGGAUAA